AUGUCUUUGAACAACAACCCUUCUUCAAACUCAUUUCAGAGUAUGAGCCAUAGUAACAUGUCUUCUGAAACGGUAGAGACAGCGACUGGCUAUGAGAACCGCCGCUCCACUUCAUCAACUACUAGCGGAGAUAAGGAUGAUGAUUCUCCAACAGUUGUUGAUGAUCCGUUUGAUAACGAGAAACGGCAAAUUCUUUUCGAUGCUAUUGAUAGGCUUCAAGCUUGGGGCUCCCACGAAUACUUGGAUAUUCCACAGCUCGUCGUCGUAGGGGAACAAUCUUCUGGCAAAUCAUCCUUGCUCAGAACAUUGACUGACAUUUCAUUCCCCGUCAUGGCUGGAAUUGGUACACACUUUCCGAUUCGGGUCGUUUCGCGCCGUACUGCACAGGACAGUAGGGAGCGAUUUCGUAUUUCCUUAGAGCGAGCACCACAAGAUGUGAACGGCUUACAACGAGCUGAUGCUGCCGCAGAUAAUUACCGUCUAGAGGGAGAUACUUUGACCAUGGAUGCAUCCAAAGCUGCACUUGAGGAUCUCUCUGAGAACCAUAUCGGCAUUAGAAAGGGCCAGGGCACAGGGGCAAAGAACUUUGUGCCGGAUAUUGUGAGAGUUGAACUUUCAGGACCUAACAGAUCUCUUUUCAACAUCUUGGAUCUUCCUGGUCUCAUCUCCUCAGAAUAUGGUGUCAAUGAACCAGAGCCCCUUGGGACACAUGAACUAGCUAAGCAAUACAUCUCAAGACCGGAAAACACUAUAAUAUGCACGAUACCCGCAACUUCUGACCUGGGUAAUCAACGGGCCUAUCAGAUUUGCAAGGAACAUAUAUCAAACAAAAGGCGACUCGUUGGCGUUUUUACAAAGUGCGACAAAGCGGACCGCGAAGAAGCCGAACGAGCAGUCAGUUGGCCCUCAAGUCCGGGCUGUAUGGAUCAUCCUGGGGAGAUUCUUACUUGUGAAAUCGAAAAGGCAUUUCCAAGGCUCGAGAAUGAUAUAAAUUCAAGACUCAAGGAGAAGCGUGACAAUCUCAAAAACAUGGGGGAACCUCGACUCAAUGAUAGCCAGCAACAGGAGUAUCUCAACCGUUUCUUUGACAAUGUCAUGAGAUGGGUUGGUGGGUUCUGGAGGUUUGACGAUGAGGGCGUGGACCCGAGGGCCGUUUGCUCCAAUUACGGAGCUUUCAUCGACAAAAAACAGGAGCAGCCGGGAACGGCGCGACAAAUUUUAUUCCCGACCCCCAAACUGGAGGAUUACACGGAGGAGUUGAAAGCAAUCCCGGCAUUUGAGGAGCAUGAGCAUGUCGAGUCCUUUGACAAGUUUGUGGAUACAGUGACGAGCAAACUUCGCAGAUUCGGGGCAUCUCAGCCGCCUGGCGUGAUAAACUCAGACAUUUACCCUGUCAUCUAUCGAGUCCAAGUUUCCAAGUGGGGCUCCAUAGCACAAGAGCACUUGGACAGAGUCAAAGAUGCAAUGAAGUCAAGCUAUGAGGAGAUUCUGCGAUCUGUUUGCCCAGACUCUGAAGGCACCAUGAUUUUGCAUCAUGAGCUCAAAUGCCGUCUCCAUUCGAUGUUUUGUGAGACAUUGAACAAAACCAAACAAGAGCUGGAUAGGUACUGCGAGCAAGAAACUCAAAAGGAGCUCCUUCAAACCACCAAUAACGAGUUCAGGACCAAACUGGAAGCUUGGCGUAUGUUGAGAUACGCUAGAGCUUUCUACAAAGGGACCGGCGGUGAAGAGGCUCAAGACCUUAUUUCAACCCAGACCUUGAGUACGAUGUGGACAAGUAUGGAUCUUUCAAACCAAGGUAAAAUGAUGUAUGAUAUCCACGAUGUUUUCAAAGUAUACUACGGGAUUUCCCUGGAGUCAUUCAUUAGUCAUGUCACCCAAACCAUAGUGGAGGGUUUUGUUAUGGAUAAAGAUGGCCCUUUGAUCAAGAUGACGACCGAAUAUGUUCUCGGCCUUCCAAGACAGGAAGUCAGCGACAUUACCAAAGAGGACAAAAAGACAGGUCAGCUAAGAGAGCAACUGAACAGUGAUAUUAAAAAGCUUGAGGGUGCUCAGGAGAUUGCAAAAGAUGUAAGGGUUAAGGUGGAGGUAUUAAAGCGUAAUUAA